AAAAGGAGCUUGAAAAAUAGUUAUAGUGAAAUCAUCAAAAGUCUGAACCCGCGGUAGCAAAACUGGCAUGGUGCGCGCUCCGUGCAAGGAGACCAGUAGACCAGUGAAGUAUAAGACACAAUCUCAUUGCUAGAUCUAGUUUGGAUUCCUUUUGGUUCUUCUUCUUCUUCCAGAUCUCCGAUUAUCCACUGCGGACGGACUCACUUGAACUUUCCCUCGUGCUUUUCUCAUUCUCAUCCAUAUAGUUAUCAUCAGAGUCAAAAGGGACAGAGAAUUGCAGUUGAAGAAGUUGUUUGGAGAGUCAGAGCAUCGUCCUUAGCGAUUUUCUUUGUAUGGUUUAUAGGAGAGAAACGGAAUUUUGAAGAGAAAACGAGAUGGCGGGUGGUGCGGCAGGAGGUUUCGUGACGAGAGCAUUCGAGUCGAUGCUCAAAGAGUGUUCAGGCAAAAAGUUCCCUGACCUUCAGAAGGCUAUUCAGUCUUAUCUAGAUAAUAUAAAAGAGGUUAAUCAGACUCAGCAUUCUGUUUCCAGUGACAAAAACCAAGCUGCAUCCUUGGCUAGUGAUGGGAGUUCACUUGAAAAUGUUGCUGGUGCCUCAAAAGCUGACACAGAACAGACUCAGUCAGAGACUGUUCCACAAAGUGCUCAGGAGGCUGAACUUGUUGUCAAGCCAGUGAGCUUAAGUGGAACUAUUUCAACUGUCUUGGCAAAUGCUGGGAACACCUUAGAAGGAGCUGAGGCAGAGCUUGUUUUGAAUCCCCUUCGACUUGCAUUUGAGACAAAGAACUUGAAAAUCCUAGAACCUGCUCUGGAUUGUCUUCAUAAACUCAUUGCAUAUGAUCAUCUAGAAGGAGAUCCUGGUUUAGAUGGUGGUAAAAAUGUACCCCUGUUCACUGACAUCCUGAACAUGGUUUGCAGUUGUGUUGACAAUUCAUCAUCUGACAGUACCAUUCUGCAAGUUUUGAAGGUCCUUCUUACUGCUGUAGCAUCCACGAAAUUCAGAGUGCAUGGGGAACCUUUGCUGGGAGUUAUUAGAGUAUGCUACAAUAUUGCUCUUCAUAGUAAGAGUCCUAUAAAUCAGGCAACAUCAAAGGCAAUGUUGACACAGAUGAUCAGCAUCAUUUUUAGGAGAAUGGAGACUGAUCCGGGAGUUCAGGCUACGUCUUCAGUUUCUGCUGGAAAUACAGAAGUCAUCUCUGUGCAAAAUUCAGACACCAAAGUAGAAGAAUCUUCUGUGGAGGAUGAAAAUGAGAAAGAAACGACUCUCCGUGAUGCACUUAACCAGGCCAAAGACACAUCUCUUGUGUCUGUGGAGGAACUCCAUAAUCUUGCUGGUGGUGCUGACAUCAAGGGCUUAGAGGCUGUCCUUGACAAAGCUGUGCAUCUCGAAGAUGGUAAAAAGAUAACUCGAGGAAUUGAUCUUGAGAGCAUGAGCAUAGUUCAACGUGAUGCUUUGCUGGUAUUUCGCACCAUCUGCAAGAUGGGUAUGAAGGAAGAUAACGAUGAAGUCACAUCCAAGACUCGAAUUUUGUCUCUGGAGCUUCUGCAGGGUUUAUUGGAAGGGGUUAGCCACUCAUUUACAAGAAACUUUCAUUUCAUUGACUCUGUGAAAGCAUAUCUUUCAUAUGCUUUAUUACGAGCUUCAGUUUCUCAGUCCCCUGUCAUAUUUCAGUAUGCCUCUGGAAUUUUCUCGGUGCUUUUGUUGCGAUUCAGGGAAAGUCUUAAAGGCGAAAUUGGUGUCUUCUUUCCCUUGAUAGUUCUACGUCCACUGGAUAGCUUGGAAGUUAACCAAAAAAUAAGUGUACUGCGGAUGCUUGAGAAAGUUUGUAAGGAUCCUCAGAUGCUUGUUGAUAUAUUUGUAAACUAUGACUGCGACCUUGAGGCGCCUAACCUAUUUGAACGAAUGGUUACAACUCUAUCUAAAAUAUCUCAAGGGACUCUAGGAACAGAUCCUAAUUUGGUUGCUUUGUCACAGACAACUUCAAUUAAAGGUUCGUCGCUUCAGUGUCUUGUGAACGUGCUUAAAUCACUAGUUGACUGGGAAAAGUCACAUAGAGAACCAAAUAAGAAGAGUAGAAGCAGUCAGUCUGAUGAUGGAGAUGCCUCAGCUAGAGAAUCUGUGGAGGUGAAGAACAAGGAAGAUGUGACCAGUAAUUUUGAGAAGGCAAAGGCUCAUAAAUCUACACUAGAAGCUUCCAUAGCGGAGUUCAACAGGAAACCAAAUAAAGGUGUGGAGUAUUUGAUAUUGAAUAAGUUGGUGGAAAAUAAUCCUUCUUCAGUAGCUCAGUUUCUGAGAAGCACUCCUAGUUUGGAUAAGGCAAUGAUUGGGGAUUAUUUGGGUCAGCAUGAAGAAUUUCCCCUUGCUGUGAUGCAUGCUUAUGUAGAUUCCAUGAAGUUUUCAGGCAUGAAGUUUGAUUCUGCUAUUCGUGAAUUUCUUAAAGGAUUCCGACUGCCUGGGGAAGCUCAAAAAAUAGAUCGCAUCAUGGAAAAGUUUGCAGAACGAUAUUGUGCAGAUAAUCCAGGCCUUUUUAAGAAUGCAGAUACUGCAUAUGUUCUUGCAUAUGCAGUUAUAAUGUUGAAUACUGAUGCACAUAACCCAAUGGUGUGGCCUAAAAUGUCCAAAUCAGAUUUUAUACGUAUGAAUGCCAUGAAUGAUGCCGAAGAAUGUGCCCCUACAGAACUCUUGGAAUCAAUCUAUGAUUCAAUUGUUAAAGAAGAGAUAAAAAUGAAAGAUGAGACAGCUGUUGUUGAGAAAGGAGGUCGAUAUAAACCAGAAGGUGAAGAGAGAGGCCGCCUGGUUAGCAUUCUUAAUCUAGCCCUGCCCAGAAGACAGUCGACAGCUGAUACCAAAUCUGAGAGUGAAGCUAUAAUUAAGCAAACACAGGCAAUAUUCCGUAAUCAAGGAACAAAAAGAGGAGUUUUCUAUACAGCACAGCAGAUAGAACUUGUAAGGCCUAUGGUUGAAGCUGUUGGGUGGCCUUUGCUUGCUACUUUCUCUGUUACAAUGGAGGAAGGUGAGAAUAAGGCAAGGGUUGUUCUCUGCAUGGAGGGAUUUAAGGCUGGAAUAAGCAUCACAUAUGUUCUUGGAAUGGAUACCAUGCGCUAUGCAUUUCUAACAUCUUUGGUCAGAUUUACUUUCUUACAUGCUCCAAAGGAAAUGCGGAGUAAAAAUGUAGAAGCAUUGCGAACUCUACUGGCUCUUUGUGACUCAGAGACUGACUCCCUUCAAGACACAUGGAAUGCAGUUUUGGAAUGUGUGUCUCGGCUUGAAUUCAUCACAGCAACUCCUUCUAUUGCUGCAACUGUUAUGCAGGGAUCAAAUCAGAUAUCAAGAGAUGCAGUUCUUCAAUCCCUUAAAGAGUUGGCUGGAAAACCUGCUGAACUAGUAUUCACAAAUAGUGUAAAACUACCCAGUGACUCCAUUGUGGAGUUCUUCACUGCUCUCUGUGGUGUAUCUGCUGAAGAGUUAAAGCAAACUCCUGCACGUGUUUUCAGCUUGCAAAAGCUUGUUGAGAUCAGCUACUACAAUAUGGCUCGUAUACGCCUGGUCUGGGCUAAAAUAUGGUCUGUUUUGGCAAAUCAUUUCAUCUCUGCUGGGAGCCAUCAUGAGGAGAAAAUUGCCAUGUAUGCCAUAGAUUCUUUGCGGCAGCUUGGUAUGAAGUACUUGGAGCGUGCUGAACUUGCCAAUUUCACAUUCCAAAAUGACAUUCUCAAACCGUUUGUUGUUCUUAUGCGCAAUAGUCGAAGUGAAUCCAUAAGGGGCCUAAUUGUUGACUGCAUUGUUCAAAUGAUAAAAUCCAAAGUUGGCAGCAUAAAGUCUGGAUGGCGUAGUGUUUUUAUGAUUUUCACAGCUUCUGCGGAUGAUGAUUUGGAAUCAAUUGUUGAUAGUGCAUUUGAAAAUGUUGAACAGGUUAUCUUGGAACACUUUGAUCAAGUGGUUGGAGACUGUUUUAUGGACUGCGUCAACUGUCUUAUCCGGUUUGCGAACAAUAAAACUUCCCAUCGAAUAAGCUUGAAAGCUAUUGCACUCCUGCGUAUAUGUGAGGAUCGUCUAGCAGAGGGUCUUAUACCUGGUGGUGCUUUGAAGCCUAUUGAUGUAAACACAGAUGCUACUUUUGAUGUGACUGAGCAUUAUUGGUUUCCAAUGCUGGCUGGUUUAUCUGAUCUGACAUCGGAUCCAAGACCUGAGGUCAGAAGCUGUGCACUUGAAGUUUUAUUUGAUUUACUAAAUGAGAGAGGUAGCAAGUUCUCGGCACCCUUUUGGGAGAGCAUUUUCCAUCGGGUCUUGUUUCCCAUUUUUGAUCAUGUAAGGCAUGCUGGAAAGGAGGGCUUAAUAUCUUCCGAUGAUGAAUGGCUACGAGAAACAAGCAUUCACUCACUUCAACUGCUGUGCAAUCUUUUCAACACAUUUUACAAGGAGGUUUGUUUUAUGCUGCCACCUCUACUCAGUUUGCUGUUGGAUUGUGCCAAAAAGACAGACCAGUCGGUGGUAUCAAUAUCUCUGGGUGCAUUGGUGCAUCUCAUAGAAGUUGGAGGUCAUCAAUUCAGCGAGAGUGACUGGGACACAUUAUUGAAAAGCAUAAGAGAUGCUUCCUACACCACACAGCCGCUUGAGCUGCUUAAUGCUUUGGGUUUUGAGAACCUGAAGAACAAUGGAGUGUUAAUUAGAGACUCCGAGAUUGAUGUAGGUUAUAGCCGUUCCCCAAAGUCUGUUGACUAUGAGGGUGUAGAUAAUCACCAAUUUGAUAGCAGUUCUGAUGGAAAGGUACCUGCAUUGGCAUCUCCUGGUAGCAGUGCUCCUAAUGCAGCAACAUCGAUAGACCACAAUCAAGAAUCAGGGCAACAGAUGAACUUGGAUGUUUCUGAAGGCAUUCCAUCACCAUCUGGAAGAACUACAAAACCUGCUGAAUCUGGUGGCCUCCAGCGGAGUCAAACAAUAGGUCAACGAAUCAUGGGAAAUAUGAUGGACAAUCUGUUUCUUAGAAGUCUAACUUCUAAACCUAAGGGGGGCCGUGCUUCAGAUGCUUCAGCACCGCCAUCUCCAAUCAAGGUUCCUGAAGCUGUAGAACCUGAUGCCAAAGAGGAGGAGGAAAGUCCACUUUUGGUAACUGUUAGGGGCAAGUGCAUCACUCAAUUGUUACUCCUUGGUGCUAUUGAUAGUAUUCAGAAAAAAUACUGGAGCAAGUUGAAAGCACCACAAAAGAUUGCUAUAAUGGACAUUUUGCUAUCUUUGUUAGAGUUUGCUGCUUCCUACAAUUCAUAUGCCAAUCUCCGAACACGCAUGCAUCAAAUUCCUGAAGAAAGGCCGCCACUGAACCUUCUUCGUCAAGAAUUAGCAGGAACAUGCAUAUAUCUUGAUAUAUUACAGAAAACAACAUCAGCAGGGAUAAGUGCCAACAAGGAGGGGCUUGACGAUGCAGAACAAAAAAUCGAAGGAUUAGCAGAAGCAAAACUGGUCACUUUCUGUGAACAGGUUCUCAGGGAGGCUUCUGAAUUGCAAUCGAGUGUUGGUGAGACCACUAAUAUGGAUAUUCAUAGAGUUCUGCAGUUGCGUUCUCCAAUCAUUGUUAAGGUGCUUGGAGGCAUGUGCUAUAUGAACCAACAGAUUUUUAGAAGACACCUGAGAGACUUCUAUCCUUUGCUUACAAAGCUUGUGUGCUGCGACCAGAUGGAUGUUCGUGAUGCUCUCGGUGAUCUUUUCAAGGCACAAUUGAAACCUCUUUUGCCAUAAGUUGACCUUCCAUCUUUUAUCGCAAAGUUGUUGAGUUUAAUACAAGCAACGAUUCUUCAGCACACCGGCUCAGCCAAUUGCUUACGUCACAUUGUUCAGUUUUGUGCCUUAUUAUUUGUUCAGAAAUUAGCGGUUCCGAUUGUUCACUUUCUCAAGUGAAUUUUUACUGUAAUGAUCUUGUGCAGUGGUAAGAAAAAAAGAAACGGACAACUUUUUUUUUUUUUUUUUUUGAAAUUUUAUUAUUAUUUUUUCCCUAAACAUUCAAAUUCAAUUUUGCUGUGACAUAGUGGAAGUAAAUUAGAAAUUAUUUAAGAGACUUGUGGGCUGCCUACAAGUGGAAAUUAUGGUGAGACCAAAUUUGAUCAGCAGCUGUUAGCAAUUGUCUGAUUGUCAAGAAAUUAUUUGAAUGUAUUAUCUCAUUUCGUGCUA